GUGCCCUGACCGGGAAUCGAACCCCGAUCUCCUGGAUCCUAGGUUGACACUCAACCGCUGAGCCACCCUCGGUCGGGCUAAAUUCUAACUCUUGAAAAAAGGGGCUGUUAGAUACUAUAUUGUAGGGAGCUUUCCCCUCCCAAUAUGUAUAUACUGAACAAACAUCAUUAUGGCCAUGUUAACAUAAUUAAAAAUUUUUUUUUCUCUCACCCUAGCACAGUAGUUCCAAGCCUGGGGGUCACCUUUGCCUCCCAGGAGACACUGGCAACGUAUAGAGAUAUUUUUAGUUGUCACAACUGGGGAUAUGCUACCAACUGGCAUAUAGUUGGUAGAGGACAGGGAUGUUGCUAUACAUCCUGCUAUGUACAGAAGAUCCCCCCACAACAAAGAAUUAGCCAGCCCAAAAUUUUGCUUUGGCAGCUUUACCACUUCAUUCUUUACAUCUAGAAGCUUUUGAAGGCCCCAAAACACUAUGGGAUGUGCUUCUUUCAAAAGAAUGGACUUUUAAGAUACUUAAUGAGCAUUUAUUCGGUAUCUACUUGCAGAGAAUACCUAUACCCUCUUAGUGGAACUUGUACCUCUCCACGAAUCCUUGCUUUGGUGGCCAUAUCUGUACCACUGCUUCCAACUCAUUCCAGCCACAACUGACUGAUUGGGGAUUAUACAACUAACUUCAGAGAGGCGGGCACAAUUCACUGGAUAGACCUGGAGCUCAGCAGAGAUGGAUUAUUAUUUAAUCCUCCUAACGAUACUAUGAUAAGUGCAAAUAAAAGAGGCUGAAGAAAUGUUGUACCAAGAAGGUUCUGAAAUAGCUCUGAGCAGCCCCAGUGAACAGAUUGCAUACUUACUGGUGGACAGAAGUAAACUCCUGAGUAAACUGGAACUUGGGGAUUCAAAGGCAGAGUCACAAAGAUGUAUGAGCAAUAACCUGCAGGAAGAAUUUGCCCAGUCCCAUAAUGAAGACAUAGAAAAAGAUAAAACAUCACCAAGCUGCAUGGAGAGAGGUGUGGAACAAAUAGCAGAGAGGUUCAGGACGGCCCAUGAAGAGAUCCGCAGGCUCACCGACGAGCUGCAAGGGAAUGAGAAGGAACAGAGUAAACUGGAUUCUGCACUUGAGAAGGUUCAACUAGAAAUUGAGGAACUGAAAGAAAACUUGACAAAGCUGAAAGAAAAUGAUUCAGUUGACCUAAAGAAAGCAAAGGAACACAAUCAGAGACUGAAUGAGGAAAUUCUGGCUUUAAGAACUCGGGUUCGAUCACUUGACUCGGAAAAAAAAGUGCUUGGAGAAGUGGUUGAAAAGCUUAAAGGAGAGAUUCGUGAAUCUCAAGAGAAUAAGCAACUUGGAAGCCACUCCCCUGGGACAACUGUGGGUGCCGAACAGAAAGUACAGAGUCCAUCAUCUAGAGAAAAGCCGAAGCACCAGCAGCAAGAGGAAGUACAACAGCUUCGCCAGAACCUGCAGCGCCUGCAGGUUCUGUGCAGCUCGGCCGAGAAGGAGCUGCGGUACGAGCGGGCCAGGAGCUUGGACCUGAAGCAGCACAACGCCUUCCUUCAGGAAGAAAGCGUCGCGAUCAAAACUGAACUCAAGCAGGCCCAGCAGAAGUUAUUAGACCGCGCAAGGAUAUGCUCUUCACCCCCAGCCGAGUGGAAGCACUGUCAGCAGAAAAUCAAGGAGCUGGAGCUGGAAGUACUUACACAGGCUCAGAGCAUUAAAUCACAGAACACCCUACAGGAAAAGCUGGCUCAGGAGAAAUCCAAAGUUGCUGAUGCAGAGGAAAAGAUUUUGGAUCUGCAGCAGAAAUUAGAACACGCUCAUAAAGUCUGUCUCACAGAUGCUUGUAUUUUGGGAAAGAAGCAACUAGAGGAAAGGAUAAAAGAAGCCAUAGAAAAUGAAGCUAAAAUAAAGCAACAGUAUCAGGAAGAACAACAGAAGAGGAAGCUCCUAGAUCAGAAUCUAAAUGAGCUCCAACAGAAAGUGAAAAUCUUACAGGAUAAAGAGAAUUUACUGGAAAUGACCAGUUCUCAGCAACAACACAGAAUUCAGCAACAAGAGGCCCAACUUAAACAACUGGAAGAUGAAAAAAGAAAAUCUGAUGAGUAUCUCAAGAGCAACCAAGAAUUGUCAGAGAAGGUGUCUGGGUUGCAGCAGGAGAAGGAAGCUCUACAUAAAGAAUAUGGGAAAUUUUUGAAGCAGCUUGAUGUCCAUGUGAGAAACUAUAAUAAAAAAUAUUAUCAUCACAAAACAAAGCUUCACAGAGUCAAGAGUCGUUUUGUUCAUGAAGUAGAGCUCCGAGAUGAGAGGAUUAAUCUACUUGAAAAUGAAAUUGGAAUACUGCGGCAAAAAUUAGAAAAGGAGAAGGCAUUCCAGGACCAGAUCACUGCCCAAAAUGAUAACCUGCUCCUAGAAAAUAGAAAGCUUCUGGAGCAGCUUGUGGAGCAAGAAAAAUUGAUCCAUGACAACAAAUGCACAAUAUCUUCUGUCCAGCACAGAGUACUUUUCCUGGAUAGAGAAAAUAAGCAGUUACAGGAAAACAGUCUCCAGCUCACAGAGCAAGUUGGCCUCUUAGAGCGCAUUAUAAGAAGCAUCCAGAUUUGCAGAGGAGAGGAAACAAUACUUGGUGGCAUCUCUGAAUAUGAAAUAUUGAAUAAAAUCUUGCCCCUACCAGACUCCAGAAUUCUGAAGCUGGAUACAUGUAUAAAAUGUGGCUUCUCUGAAAGACACAUCACACCUAAGAACGAGUCCAAAAGUCAGAACUAUAAAAUCACUGGUGUCUAAAACUAGACUCAUCAAAGCUUCUAACUUAAAGCUUGGGCAUGAAGGUGAAACAUAACAUGGAGACGUUAUGAUAGAUCACAUGCUG